AGUUGAUAAGGUCGACUUACAGUUAACACUGUUUCCACUCUUGUAUCAACGGUUAGUGUCUUGCUCUCAUUCUCGUCACGCACAAACACGUGAAGCCCGAAGUACUCACUCUUAAAAGAAGAGCCUGCGAUUUCCCUUCUCGAACGAAGGUUACGCUCCUUGAAGACGCCAUCAUAUCCGCUUCUUCCUGCUUUGCUGUAACUCGUCCAAAGAACCCACGUGAGAAAUUGAUGGCAAACGCAAUGCUCCAAGCCGAUAGUGUCAUGUCUUCGCAUACUGACCUGUUAGAGUUUCACAGCAACCACGAAUACGUAGAAAACGAUGCUAGCACGGAGAAAAAGAAAACGUCUACAGCAGGAAGAAUUGAGGAGCUGGCCGUCUUGACCAAGGAACUCGAUGCGACGACGAUGACGACGCCAAACCGAAAAACCGUUGAGUUUGCUGUUCAACCACCCCCUCACAAACGGGCGCGUCCAACGACCGCAUGGACAGCCAAACAGGUCGUCGAUGCCAUCAGUACCAGCAUUGCACCUGCUGAAAGAGAAGAAGCGAUUCAAAAGGCUCGAGAGGCGUUCGACCACGAAGUGCAGGUUUUGCACGACGACGAAAUGGCAUCGGGUGCGGAUUCCGCUCUAGCGAAGCACCUGACUUUUCUGGUUUGGCACCAACAAGAAAACAACGACCACGCUUCCUCUUCCGGAGAAAGAAGUCAUGCAUUGUCAACCGAAAUCGCCAUGACAUGUGAGGCACUCGAGGGUCUAUACCGGGCUUCGAGCAGCAUCGUUGGGGCUUCCUUUGAGCGCAUGGGUAGACAUAUUUUGUCUGUUCUGGUUCACAUCCUUAAAGGAGAGCUGAGAAGUCGCAGUGCACAGUAUUCGACUACCGCCUUGGCCCUGGAUACGAAAGAGAAAAGGGAUACAUCGCUAGUCGACAGGAAGACUACCGGAUCGCGAUACAACAGUUCGGAUGAUGAUAACCAAAAUAAAGAAAUUGGGGAUGAGAGAAGAGUCGAGGAGCGUGAAGCACGACAAAUGAAUAAAAGUACAGAUAUGCAAAUCGCCCAUGAUGAUUUACUAUCUAGGUCUCUUUCCCCGCCAAUGUCCCUUCCCGGUACUCCGGAAGGAGAUUUGUUUCUACUUAAAGCCACUCGCAUCAUUGGCCACUUUGCUCGCGUUGGAGCAGCAACGCAGCCAAUUGCUCACCAUCCUGGUCUGAUAGGGAGUCUUAUUCAUUUGGUGACUUUUCAGCCCCGUGGGUUUGUGCCGUGGGAGGCACGCUUAUCGGCCUUGUGGACGCUGGCCAAUUUAGCCUGCAACGAAGAGAAUAUGCAAAUGAUGGUGUCCGCACCAGGGCUUAUGAACUGCCUUAUAGAAGUGGCUUGUCGACCUCUGCAUCCUGGGGAUUCUCUGGAGCACACAAUGGAGAUCUUGCGAUCACGAUCACUUUCAUCCCGAGCAAUACUCAAUCUAUCCUGGUUGCCGGGAAACAAGAUAGUCUUAUCCGAGCACGCGGCGUUGCUUGAUUUACUUUGCGAGUUGGCGGUGCACCGCGCUACACCGCUGAAACGAAGUCGGACCAUUCAAGACGUCCUCGUCACAACACGUCGGUAUUCUGUUGGAGCUUUGCGAAAUCUAGCAGCGGCUCCUCGAAGAACCAAAAUUGGUCUAUGUGAAUACAAGAAUGGUCAUUUGUUGGAUAAACUGACAGAUGCCGCCCUCAAUGACUCCGACACGGCCGUAAAGGACCGCGCUUUUGCCGCCAUUCACAAUUUGGCUAUUCGUGAUACUGCAGAAAAAAUUGUCAAUCAUCCGGCAUUGGUGCUCGCACUAAAAGACGUCUUAUUGUCGGGCGAUGGAGAAUACGUACACGAAGAGGGUUCUCCCAAGUCGCACGCGUCCGCCACUUUGAUGGUUUUGGAACGCACGAUUACUCCUGAUAUGGAUUCGUACGAAAAUCUGAAAGACUUGCUGGAAGCAGUCAAUCCUACCUCUACAACCGACGACAGCGUCAAUUCAUCUAAUAUGGAAGUCAAUGAGUCAGUCGAAGUUUAGCUUCAACCAGAAAAAUCAGGAUACGGGAGGUUUAACUUCCAAAAAAACUGCCAGUUGGUCUUCCUAUACCGCAACAUAAACACAAGCGUGAGAUUCGUUUCAAAUUUGAAGGUUGUGGGACUCAAAGUUGUUUGUGGCGUAGUUGUAACGGACUAAUUCUAUUUUCCGUAA